CGCAGUGACUGCCAGCCGUCUGUACGCCGUGCGCCCCAGUAGAAUAAUGGCUGAGGAGUCCAGUGUGCUGUGGGGUUUGGUGGAGGAGUUUGUGACCGGUCAGCAGGACGGCAAAGCGGAGGAAAUUGCGACAGCUGUUAAGAAUGGGACAUUCACAGUCUUACAAGUGGUGGAGUCGCUUGGGUCAUAUCUCGCUAACACCGAGCCAAGGACGCGAGGCAGAGGAGUGCAGCUCCUGUCGCACGUCCUUCUGGAGUGCUACUCCAAGCUGAAAGAGAAAGAAGUGGAAGUCCUGGUUGUAUUUUAUGAAAACAGACUGAAGGAUCAUCAUCUCAUAACACCUCAUGUACUACAAGGACUGAAGACAUUGAGCAUGUGUGAAGUCCUUCCUCCCGGUCUGGCGGUAUCUGUUCUUAAAUCAAUAUUCCAGGAGGUUCAUGUUCAGUCUUUAACGCAGAUGGAUCGUCACACCGUCUACAUGAUCAUCACCAAUUUUAUGAAGAUUCGGGAAGAAGAGUUAAUGAGUCUUGGAGCAGAUUUUACAUUUGGGUUUAUUCAAGUCAUGGAUGGCGAGAAGGACCCUCGCAACUUGUUGGUAGCCUUCCGUAUCGUUCAAGACAUCAUUUCGAAGAACUAUAACCUUGGUCCGUUUGUGGAGGAGCUGUUUGAAGUGACCUCCUGCUACUUCCCCAUAGAUUUCACCCCUCCACCCACUGAUCCACAUGGCAUAACCAGACAAGACUUAAUAUUGGGGCUGCGAGCGGUUUUGGCAUCUACGCCUCGGUUUGCGGAGUUUCUGCUUCCACUGCUUAUUGAGAAGAUGGACUCGGAUAUACAGAGUGCCAAGCUGGAUUCCUUCCAGACGCUGAUUGCUGCCUGUGCCGUCUAUGAGCAAAAAGAUCUGAAGGAGUUUCUAUCCGGUCUGUGGUCUUCCAUUCGCAGAGAGGUGUUCCAAACGGCAAGUGAGAAAAUUGAAGCUGAGGGCCUGACUGCCCUGAAGGCUCUGUGUGCCUGUCUCUCACGCUCAGUAUUGGGCCCCGACUCAGAGGACUGCCUUGACUCCUUUUUGAACAGUAUUUUGCAGGACUGUAAGCACCACCUGUGUGAGCCAGAUAUGAAGCUCGUUUGGCCCAGUGCUAAGCUCCUCCAAGCUGCUACAGGCUCAUCGUCCAGGGCCUGCCAUAAAGUCAUGUCCAGUGUCCUCCCUCUGCUGUUGGAGCAGUACACCCAGCAUGCUCAGAGCAGUCACCGAAGAACGAUCCUGGAGAUGACCCUGGGCUUUCUGAAGCAGCAGAGCAAGUGGCUGGAAGGAGAAGAUGAAAAUGGCCUGAGAUCUUACAAAGAUGCUCUGUGCAAUAUGGUGUUCUCUGCGGUGACGGAUGCAAGCGCCCAGCUGCAUGUAGUGGCAGUGAAGACUCUGACUGUCCUGGGCAUGCAGACAGGAUUCUUGUCGUCUGCUGACAUCGAUCUGGUAGUCGACCACCUGACUCGGCUCAUCUUACAGGAAACGGAUUCGCUCAGCUGCACGGCGGCCAUUGAAGCCUCAGGAACGCUUGCUAAAGUUCACCCGUCGACGUUUAUCAGUCGGAUGAUUCCACAGCUCUGUUCGCAGCUGCAAACUGAGCCCAUGGAUGAAAAUGUCAAUAAAGACUCUGUUACUUCCGACCUUUCAAUAAAACAGCGAUGUCUGGAGGCGUUAGCGGCAGUGUCAACGCAUUACAGUAUCGUAAGACAGACCGUUCCCAUCCUGCUGGGCUACGUAAGGCAAGCACAGAAAGGCCAAGGGACGACUGAGGACGUGGUGUCUGUGUGUAGGAGUCUUCACUGCGUGGCCAUACGGUGCCAGCCUUAUGCGGAGUCUAUCUGGUUCUUCUAUCAAACCGUGGUACCGUGUCUUCUCUCUCUCACUGUCCAGGCUGCUACACAAGAUGCUGAAACCUCAUCCACUCCGAAUGUCCUGUUGGAGGAAAGUGUCCUGAGCGCGAUGGUGCCGGUAAUCAGUGCUGCAUGCACGCAUCUCAGCCUCGGGUUUCCCUCCACGAGCGUCUCCCAGAUCGUGAAUGUCUUUCUUAAUGGGGAUUCUUCUGGUCAGAAUGAAAACCAGACCUCCAAGUUCAAUCCGUUUCAGGUGGAAGCUCCUAAUGAACCUCAGAGCCGACUAGUUGCGCUUCUCAUGGCGUUUGCCUGCUCCUUCCCGAGAAAUGUGGAAAUCCCACAUCUAAACCGCUUACUGCAGCAUUUGUUAUCGCUGAGUCUGUCUGGGUGCUCAACUUUUGCUUAUUCCUCAUCGUCAAAGUGCUUUGCUGGUCUAAUAAAUAAAUGCCCUUCAGGAGAUCAACUGGAUGACAUCCUUCAAAAUGCUGCUCGCCAGAUAGAGUUGGCUUUGGCAGAUGAAAGCCGCAGAACCCAGGCCAUUACUCUGCUCGUCUGGGUGACCAAGGCCUUGAUACUGAGAUACCACCCCUUGAACGGACAGCUAACUAACAAGAUGAUUGAUUUACUGCGUGAUCGAGAGCUGGGUGACUCCGUGGCCGACAGAUUCUCCCUGCUGGUCUCAGACUCCCCGGACAUCCUCAGCAAAGCCUGCCAUGCGGACAUCCGCAUCAUGUUCCGGCAGAGGUUCUUCACGGAGAACAUUCCAAAACUGGUGCAAGGGUUCAAUUCUGCCGAAGGAGAUCUCAAGCCAAAUUACCUGAAAGCUUUAUCCUACGUCCUCAACUCUUUGCCAAAGGAAGUUCUCGUGACAGAGCUUCCAUCGUUGCUGUCACUCCUGCUGGAAGCUUUAUCCUGCCCUGACCACGUGGUUCAGUUGUCUACACUGACUUGUUUGGAGCCUCUUCUUCUGGAUGCAGCUGAGAUCCUGAACCCCCAUAUUGAUACCUUGAUCACAAAGCUCAUCAGCUUGUCUUCCAGCCCAGCUAUGGCAGUUCGGAUUUCAGCUUUAAAGUGUAUGCUUGCGCUCACAAAGCUGCCUUUGCACAUGCUCCUGCCUUACAAGCAGCAAGUGAUCCGUGCCUUGGGUAAGCCUCUGGACGAUAAGAAAAGGCUGGUGAGGAAGGAGGCUGUCGAGGCUCGCUGUCAGUGGUUCUUACUUGGAAGUCCAGGCAGCUGAAACCCGACGCCGGCGUUCUUUACACGGAGACAAUCUAACCAGGAUGUGACUAACUUACUACACCGGAUCAUUGAUGCCGUAUACGAAGUGCCAUCAUGUUUAGAGACCUCUUCCUGCUGAAGGACAUCACAACCCGUCAUCUCGUUAACCCAUUCCAUUCUUCAUUUCAGUCCUCGGCUGCGUUGGCCAGCUCUGGGUGUUGGCCUGCUGCUUCUGUUGCACUUGAGCAAAUAGCGGCACAAGUUUACACUAGGAAAUAAUCUGACCUGUCAAUAAGGACGACUUAUAAUGUAUUUUGUAUAGUUGUGUGCUUUAAUAGCCAUUCCCGGAACUUGAUUUUAAGGUAAACUUUUUUUUUUAAGCGUGUAUAGAGUGAUGUUACGGGGCACACAGCCUACGACUGGUUACUUUUCUAUUCAAAUAAGACUGUAAACAGAUGUGGUGUGUUGCGCCUACUUAACGUGAGCUGAUUUGCAAGUGAAGUUUGCACAUUUUGGUCAUAAUUUAGUGAUUUCUUUAAAAGGUAAUCCUUUUAUCUGGAAUAGCCAACCACUAGCUCUCCCAAACGACCAGCAUAAUGGGAGUUGUAGGUUAACAGCUGGGGCUGCUAGGUAGCCACCCCUGGCUGAAAGGCCAUGACCUGCUAGUUCCCAAUGCAUCGUGUUUUAACUUUCAGAAGCUAUUUCUUAUUUAUAUAGAAUUGAGACUAAUUGUUAGAUGCAGUAUGUUGCGGAGUUGCCUACAUGACAACCUAUUUUUCCUCCUUGGCUUACCCAAUUUCCUUUUGGGCUUUAUUGACUAAAGGGGAAUUACCAAGAUAAGGUUUUUUUCAAUGCCCUCACUUCACUAUUCAAACAGGCUGAACUGGCCCUGUAUAAUGUGUAACUCAAUCUGUAUGGAGACUCACUGAUUUGACUAUACCCUAUACAGGUUCCACCCGAGCUCUUCCUGCAGAGGAAGCUCACUGGUUGGACCUUCAUAAUGUAUCGGGGUCAAGGAGCUGAAACACAAUGAAUAAAACCAUUUGUUUGGUAUGGCUUUCGGUACAAGGAGUUUUUUUUGUCCCUUUGGUCUUAGCUCAUGGUGAACCGCAAACUCUAGGCUUAGUAAAAAUGGCUGACUCAGUUACUGUCCACUACAAAAGAGAAAACUGAUGCUCCAUGAAUAUAAGUGUUUACAUUAAAACUAUGGUCAGUGGCCAAUGUA